AUGGAGGCGGUACGCCCCCGUGCAAAGCUCCGCUCCCCCCGAGAGAAACGGGAGUUUGUCAGGGACGUGAUGCGCGACCCGGGCCGGAGCCGGGAGGCGGCGCGGUGCUUACCGGCGUUGCGGAGCGGAGCUGCGCGCAGCAGGGUGCUGGUGGCGCCGCUGAGCCGCGCUUUAAAUGAGCUACAGCCCUCGGGGUGGGGGGAGGCGGUGCGACCUGCCGAGCUCGCCUGCGGCCCGCAGCGAUGGGAGGAAAACGGGCGCAGAGCCGCACGGCGCAGGGGGAAGGCGGUCAAGUGCACGGGGUGCGGGGCUGCGACGGGUCCGAGCUUGCUCGGCGCCCACAGGCACGGUUUGGAGGCUCUCUUGAGUAAAGUGCCCGCAGAGGUCUGGGCUCGCCUCGCCACGGGCGCUGGUGGAGGGGGGCUCUUAACUCUUCCCUGCACUCUUAAAGCAAUGGCCUUUGCUGUGUUUGAGUUCUUGGACCAUCUGAGCAACGUCUGGGGCCCUCCUCGGCUUUUGUGCCACAGGCUCCCAGAACUGGGGACAUUUCCUUCUGUGCUCAGCUGCCUGCCAGUGCAGGGACACCAGGCCCUUUCUCAGUGCCCGCUGCAGCCCUCGGGCAUUGCUGACCACCGGGUGAGAUGGCUCGAUGUCAGACUGCGCAAUACGGGGAGUCGCAGCUUCGCCACGCAUGAAGCUGCUGCCCACCCACCUGUGAGCAGAAAUCUGACAGAUACACAGAUUCCUGUGUUGUGGUUGGAAAGGACAGCUAGGGAAACAGCAGGAUUUAUUGCCUCGGGGCUCUCCAGACCCAAAGAUUCCAGACCCAAAGAGUCUGGAAAAGACUGGGACAGUCUGGCUCUGGGGAAGACAUCUCAAAACUGUGGAUUUUUGCUUCCACAGAGACUUAGGAACGAGCAAGCAAAAAAAGACAAACCGCGUGGGCACCGAGACCCGUUUUCUGCACUCCCGCAGGCCACCGGAGGCCAGCCCCUUCCCGACACCUCCCAGCUCUGCGCCCGGGCGGGGCGGACCAUCUUCAGUCUCGAUCUUGGAGGUAUAUCUGCUAUCGUACUGAAUGGCUAUGAUGCAGUAAAAGAAUGCCUUGUUCAUCAAAGUGAAAUUUUUGCAGAUAGACCGUCUCUUCCCUUGUUUAAGAAGCUGACAAACAUGGGAGGCUUACUGAACAGUAAAUAUGGCAGAGGAUGGACAGAACAUCGCAAAUUAGCUGUAAAUACCUUUCGAAUUUUUGGAUAUGGUCAAAGGUCCUUUGAACACAAAAUUUCAGAAGAAUCUGUGUUUUUUCUUGAUGCCAUUGAUACGUACAAAGGCAGACCCUUUGAUCUUAAGCACUUGAUAACAAAUGCUGUUUCAAACAUUACUAAUUUGAUUAUUUUUGGAGAACGUUUUACAUACGAAGAUACUGAAUUUCAGCACAUGAUUGAGAUUUUUAGUGAAAAUAUUGAAUUAGCUGCUAGUGCUUCUGUAUUUUUAUAUAAUGCUUUUCCUUGGAUUGGUAUCUUGCCAUUUGGGAAACACCAGCAGCUGUUUAAAAAUGCAGCUGAAGUCUAUGACUUUCUUCAUGAGCUUAUUGAACGUGUCUCUGAAAAUAGGAAGCCUCAGUCACCUCGGCAUUUUGUAGAUGCAUAUCUAGAUGAGAUGGAUUGCAAUGAAAAUGAUCCGGAGUCUACAUAUUCAAGAGAAAACUUAAUUUUCUCUGUUGGAGAACUAAUCAUAGCUGGGACAGAAACCACAACAAACGUUUUAAGAUGGGCAGUGUUAUUUAUGGCUCUUUAUCCAAACAUUCAAGGGCAAGUUCAAAAAGAAAUCGAUUUAGUCAUUGGCCCAAACAGAAUGCCUGCCUUAGAAGAGAAAUGCAAAAUGCCAUACACUGAAGCUGUUCUACAUGAAGUUCUAAGAUUCUGUAAUAUAGCUCCACUAGGUAUUUUUCACGCAACGUCCAAAGAUACUGUUGUGCGUGGUUACUCUAUUCCUGAGGGCACUACAGUCAUUACAAACCUCUACUCAGUUCAUUUUGAUGAAAAAUACUGGAGCAACCCAGAAGUGUUUUUUCCUGAGAGAUUUUUGGACGGCAGUGGGCAGUUUGUCAAGAAAGAGGCAUUUAUUCCUUUUUCUCUAGGAAGAAGACAUUGUCUUGGAGAACAACUAGCUCGAAUGGAAAUGUUUUUGUUUUUCACUUCAUUACUACAACGAUUUCACCUGUGUUUUCCUCAUGGUGUGAUUCCAGAUCUCAAACCAAGAUUAGGCAUGACAUUACAACCACAGCCGUACCUCAUCUGUGCGGAAAGACGGUGA